ACGGUCUCUCUGCUCCGCUGUGUCGAUUAGCGCUGGAGCAGCGGAAAAGGGGCCGGGGAUUCUGUUAUUAUUGGUAACAGAUAUCCUAGUCCACCUGCGUGUUUGUGCGGACCGGGCGACGCGACACUGAGGCGGAAAGGCCCUGCUAAAGCGCCAGGAUGUUGAAUAUGUGGAAAGUCAGGGAGUUGGUGGAUAAAGCCACCAAUGUUGUAAUGAACUACUCAGAGAUAGAGUCCAAGGUUCGAGAAGCCACCAAUGAUGAUCCCUGGGGUCCAUCGGGUCAGCUCAUGGGUGAGAUUGCCAAAUCCACGUUCAUGUAUGAGCAAUUCCCUGAGGUGAUGAAUAUGCUCUGGACAAGAAUGCUUAAGGAUAACAAGAAGAACUGGAGAAGAGUUUACAAGGCCUUAUUAUUAUUAGCGUACCUCAUCAGAAACGGGUCUGAGCGGGUAGUCACCAGUGCUAGAGAACAUAUCUAUGACCUGCGCUCUUUGGAAAACUAUCAUUUUGUAGAUGAAAGCGGGAAGGACCAGGGCAUCAAUGUACGGCAGAAGGUCAAAGAAAUGGUAGAGUUUGUCCAGGAUGAUGACCGGUUACGUGAGGAGAGAAAGAAAGCUAAGAAGAACAAGGACAAAUACAUUGGAGUGUCUUCAGACGCCAUGGGUGGCUUCAAACAAAGUAACUCGGGAGAGAGGCUUGACUCCGAAUCCAAAGGCAAAUGGGAGGAGGACUGGGACAAAAACAAAAGCGCCUUCCCCUUCAGUGAAAAGCUUGGUGAAAUAAGUGACAAAAUUGGCAGCACCAUUGACGACACCAUCAGCAAAUUUCGCAAGAAGGAACGGGACGACUCACCAGACAGAGUCAGUGACAAUGAGGAGGACAAAGUUUCACGGAACGGUCGGCCUGCCAAGUCAGAGUUCAAGGAUGAAGAGGAAACGGUCUCAACAAAGAGCGUCACACAGACCACAGAUACCAUCACCUCAACGUCCUCGCGCAAACGUGGAGGAGUCCCGUCCAAAACUGUUGACCUGGGUGCAGCUGCCCACUACACUGGUGACAAAAACAGCCCGGAUGAUGAAAACGCAAAGACUUCCGUCAGUCAGUCGUCUAGCACGGGGCUUGCUGAUCUGUUGAUUGUGGAUUCUGGCUCACGUCAACCAGCGUCCUUGGGUGGGAGCUCAGACCUCAUUGAUGACUUUGCAGAUUUUUCAUCACCGGCCGCCUCUGCUAGUCUCCCUUCAGCUGCUGGUUCAUCUAAUGGGAACGGUGAGUUUGGUGACUGGAACGCCUUUUCUUCCACCAGUCCCCCUGCCUCCAAUGCCCCACCUGUCAUCUCAGACCUGUUCAGUGACGUGUCCGUCCCACCUGCCCCCACCUCAACGUCCACCCAACCACCUUCUGCUGAUCUUUUUGACCUGAUGGCCCCCAACAACAGCAGCCUCAGUGCAUCCCAAAGUUUGACCUUCAACAUGUGCUCGCAGACUGCAGCCAUGCCCAUGUCCAGAUCACAGACAAUAGGAGGUGCAUUAUUGCCCCAGCAGAUGGGACUACAGAAGUCAGGAGGGAAAGUAUCAUUGCCUGCCACCUGGUCAGACCCAAGCGUGAACAUUAGCCUGGAUUUCCUCUCCGCAGGCUUGAAUCCUCCAAAGCCCACACAGCCUACACUUAAUACCAUGAUGCAGCAAGGUGUUCAACCACCAUUAAACAUGAUCACCCAGAAUUUUUCCGGGAUGACACUCAAUGCCCAGCCACCGGCGACUACUGCCAGAUCAGGAAUUAACCCUGUGGUGGCCGGAGGAUCCAUAGGUAUGGGAAUGCCUCCUGUUAUGGCAACAGGCACUAUGGGCAUUGGAGGCAUGCCUGCCAAUCAAGGACUAAUGGGCAUGAAUAUGAACAUGGCACCCGCUGGCAUAGGCCUACAAGGUACCCUCGGUAUGCCCGGCAUGGGUAUUGGCCAGGGUCUGAAUGCUGCCAUGGUGCAACCUAAACAAGAUGCCUUUGCAAAUUUUGGCAACUUUGGGAAAUGAAGGGUAGAAAGAAACCCCCAUCCUAGGGGUUAACGGUCCAAAUACACCUUCUCAAAUGAAGGAGCUGCAUCCAGUAAAAUGGACAAAACUAGCCAGUGUCACAACACUUCAAUCAUUCGUCAUUGUACAUUUCCAGAUAACAAGAAACAAAUCAGCAUUUCUUUCCUGUGGGGUUGGUUAUUGAAGAGUGGAAUUAUUUUAUAAGGUGCAAAGCAUAUGAUAUACUUAAAAUGUGACUGUAUGCAGUUUGGUACAUUUUUCAUAACAGAAACCUCCAUAGACGUUAUUUUUCUCACGGCCCCUUUGACCAUUUUAAAUACAAUUAUGUUCAGAAAUUACCUCAUAGUUUUCAUCAUUCAUGCUGUGAUUUAAAGACUGCUAGUGGUUGACAUUGUAAAUAUCUGGGUGUGCAGGAAAUAAAUUAUUUUACUUGGUUCUCAGAUGGUAUAAAAUGGGACAAAUUACCACAGGUCCUUAAUAUUCGUUUAUUGUUUUAUUAGUCUUUUUGUUUGAAUUGUUACAGUUUGUCAGAUAUAGUCACUCCUUAACAUCCAUUACCACUCUCCAGCUAUUUGGACUUAUAUGAAUAUUCCUCAGGCUUGUACAGAAGUAGGAAAACGGUCAACAUUUUCAUGAGCUAUAUCUGUAGAUAUAGUUUCAGUACUUUUGUGUAGCAAGCGAUCUGACUGAAAAUUAAAGCGCGCGUCUGAAUGGCCGUUUUUGAAUGACAAUGAUCAAUAUGAAGGUUCUGAACAGUAGUGAUGCAUCGCUUUAAAGCUGAAUCUCAUAGAGAUGAUAAGCAGAUGUAGUUACACGUACAUAAAUGAUAGGGCAGAAGAUACAUAGGUGCAUUUAAUGCUAAGAUUACUGUGAGUAUGGGUGAGAACAGAAGCCACAGAUUUCUCAACCGGUAGCAGGAGUGGUGUUAAACAUUUUCAUUAACUACUUGAAUUGGUGUUUAUAAUGCCGCCUAAUAAUUGUCAUAUCUGUUUUUUUGCAUGAAUGAAGUGUCUUACAUUUAUAAUAAAGCAUUGUUGCAGGUCAGUGUUAUGUUUAAGGAAAUGUAAGUCAGUGACAGGACUAAAUCAAUGAAGGCAUUGUGAACCCCAAAUGAAGUUUAAUGUCAGCUUUUUUUGUUUUGUUUUGUUAAUUUACCCAUGUGCUGCUUCAACUUGGGUCCUCCAUCAGACACUGAGGCAUUAUGUUCAAAAUGACCAAAACUUUAUUUUAUUACUAUUUACAUCCCUAGGGGUUUAGUUUCCUAUUUUAAUACUUAACAUACAGAGAGAUCCUGUGCAUAUAUAUACAUUGUUUUAGGCAUGAGCAAAUGAUUAAGUAAAUUCAUAUUAGUUUAUGCAAAUGGAAGGAGAAACAGAAGAUCAAGCGCCUCUUUUAUUAAUGUUUCUUCGCAGAUGUCAUUCUUUUUAUUGUACUCAAAAACUUUGUUUAACAUUAAACAAUUUCAUCAAAAACUGUGAUCUGAGAAUUUAU